AUGGAAACCUUCCAACGUGCCAAAUACGUCCUCGUGGACAGUUUUGCAGUCAACAACAUCCCAAAGAGUAUAAGUCCCAAGAAGAUUCGCCAAAAUGUCGCAGAGAGGCUUGCCCAACUCGGACCCGUCAGUAACCUCUUCACCUUGGAUAUUUGGAAAAACGCCGCCUUCAUUCCUUACCCCAGGGAGUUAGCCAGUCUGCAAGAUAUCUUGGGUAUACGGGACAGCUGGCCAUUCAAAGAAAGACAUGUCCAGAUUUUGGUAGAUGACAUACUUGCCGGCAUAUCCAGUCUGCACAAGGUUAACCUGCAGAAGAGUUUGUUUUCGGUGAAGGACAUACUGCUUGUACGUCGACAAAACUUGUUGUAUUUCCAGAUUGGUAAGGCUGUGAGAACCAUGCGCAAGGCACUGCUGACGAUCUCAGCCGGCCUCGAAGACUGCACAUGCUUCGAAGGGAUUGAGCCCACGGACAGGCAGGAACUCCAGUCUUUCCGAAACAUACUGCAGCUUGUUGAUGGGCGAAACAAGGCACAUAGAUCUGAUCUGAUCUCUGCCCUGCUAUCUACACUAUCAAAUUCGCAAGUACUUGGCAGCAAAGAACUGGAGGCGGCAUAUGAGGAAGUGAGGGCGAAAGACGACAAACUGGGGGCGGAGUAUCAGAAAUCGAGGGAGGAUCAUGAGAAACGGAGGGCGGAACAUGAGAGCCUGCCGUCGUACCACAAGGACAUCGUUCGCACGGAACUGGAUGUAUAUAUCGAUGCUGUGCGUGUACUAGGUACUACCUUUGGUGGGACCAUUAGUCAGAACCAAACACCUGAGAUGAGGUGA